AUGGGUAGAAAGAAGAUCUCCUCCGCCGCCGGCGCUAGUGCCGCUGCUGACGGCAAGAGGGCGUCUCGCGACGCUCUCCCCGCCUUGGACAAGAAAUCAAAGAAAGCUACUGACGCCGCACCCGGCGGCGAUAAGAAGACCGGGGAAUGGAAAUGCUCUGGGAUUAUGGCGCAUCAUCUCUCCGUGAUGCGGAAGCACGGGCUCAUUCCCGGCGAAGACUCUGGCAAGGUCCGCUUCCCGGGCAACGAGGGCCACCCGGAGGUUAUGAGCCAGCCUCCACUGGACGAAGGGGUGCCAGUUGAGGAUGAUGAGCCGGUCGACUGCUCCAACUCCGACGCCCUUUACGAGGACGACGCGGAUGAGGAGGAAGAUGAUCAUCAGUCGCGCAAGCGUGGUCGGUUGAGUGAAGCGGAGCAGUUGACUGGAGACUCUCAUCAGCACGAGGUGCCUGAGGAGACGAUUCCGUCGAGUGCCACGGCCGUAUCUGACGAACCGAAUCUCCAAUCACCGUUCCCGUCGGCUCCCCUGACCAAGAAGGCCAAAGUCACUGUCAAGCCGAAAGGGCGCCUUCGCAUAUUUGACGUGUCAUCGAGUGGCUCCUCCAGAAACCUCCCGCCGCUCUUUUUCGCCGCUGUCGUCCACCGCCAUGCCGGCCGCGUUCCCAUCAAUGCAUUAUACCCCAACGUCCACCACUGCCACUAUAGCCUUCCUCUGGACGCCACGCACCUGAGGGACGAAGCCUCUCGGAGAAACGGCCACUGGAGUUACCGGCUGUACCUCGUCUUCUUCGACUCCGGCCAAGGUGCGCCGCCGCUGCUGUUCUUCCCCGCGGUUCGACUGCACUUCGCUGCACCGAGCUCUCUUCCCCGGCCGGCCAUUGAUUCCUUUUCGAGCCCUAGAAGUGAUCUGUUGAAGUUGGGUUAUCCCCGGGACGACUGCUUGGUCCUGGAGUGCACCCUCACGGUUCUAAGGGAGUUGCCCGUGCCUAGCAUCGAGCCGGCCAAAGAAGAAUCGAUCGCCAUCGCGUCGCCGUCCACCAAGUUGCACCAGCACCUAGGCCAACUCCUGCAGAGCGGCACGGGAGGCGACGUCACGUUCCUUGUGUCCGGCGAGUCGUUCGCCGCGCACAAGGCCAUCCUCGCCGCGAGGUCGCCGGUCUUCAUGGCCGAAUUCUUUGUUGGAGACAUGAAGGAGAAGCUCUCCCAGCGUGUGGAGAUCGAGGACAUGGAGGCGUCCGUGUUCAGGGCGCUGCUGCACUUCAUCUACACGGACACGGUUCUGCCUGAAGAACUUGAUCAGCAGCUGGACGCCACAGGGGCCACGAUGGCUCAGCACCUGCUCGCGGCCGCUGACAGGUACGGGCUGGAGAGGCUCAAGCUGCUCUGCGAGGUAAAGCUCUCCGGUGGCAUCACCGUCGACACGGCGGCGACCACUCUGGCUUUAGCGGAGCAGCACAACUGUUGGCAGCUCAAGGCCAAGUGUAUGGAGUUCAUCGUCAGCACUCCGGCGAUCCUUGAUGCUGUGUUGUCCACGGAGGGGUACAAGCACCUGGAGAUGAGCUGCCCUUCGGUGCUUGCUGGAAUUCUCAGGUUUACCCGUUGGGGAAUGCGUUGUUAAUUAAUUAAGAUGCGUAGUCUGCGUUUGUUGUCCUUGUCGCGCAUGCAUAUGGUCUACUCUACUGUUGGAGUAGAAGGAACUUCUUUAA